GUUCAAAUGACACAUGUUGUUGCAUUCAAAGCAGUACUGGAAUUCUGAUUUGAUUCCGCACGCUCUGUCUGGUCUAAUCAUCUCCUCCUGUUUCCAAUAUCGUCAAAAACUAGACGACACCCUUGUUACAGGGAACCUUUUUAUAUUUAUUGGGGCACUUGGUUUUCUUUGUACCCUGUGCGGGGUGCAAGCAGGAGUAUGGUGUGUGUGUAAAAAUAAAAGGAAAUGGGUGUCAUAAUAUAAUUUCAAAAUUUAACAGCGUUAGCUUACAAAUCUGAAGUGAAGGGUGGGUUAUUUCUUUCUCUGCUGGAAAAAAAGGUGAACCUGGAAACUGUACCUAACUGGGAAGAAUAGCAUUUGCUAGAAAAGUUUUGAAAUAUGAUGAAUUCAUCUCAAGUAGGAGUUGUUUCAAAAUCAGAACUAAGCUCGCUUCAUAGAAUUUCAGACUCGGCAAUAUACAAUGUCAAGCAGCAAAGUUUUGUUAGGGUUUUGCCAUCAACAAAAUCAAAGUCUUAUUCAUCACCUCGGUGUAGUGUUAGUUUUCGACCUUGUAUUGAUAUACACAAGGGGAAAGUGAAACAAAUUGUGGGAUCCACUCUUAGAGAUACAAAGGAAGGUGCAUCUGAUAUGGUUACAAAUUUUGAAUCAGAUAAGUCAGCAGGGGAGUUUGCGAAAUUAUACAAAAUGGAUGGGCUUACAGGUGGUCAUUUAAUAAUGCUUGGUGCAGAUCCUUUGAGCCAAUCUGCAGGAAUUGAAGCACUGCGUGCUUACCCAGGCGGUCUUCAAAUUGGAGGUGGGAUCAAUUCAGACAAUGCUUUGAGUUAUCUAGAUGAGGGGGCUUCCCAUGUUAUAGUUACUUCGUAUGUCUUCAACAAUGGGCAAAUGGAACUUGAAAGGCUCAAAGAUCUCGUCCGCGUGGUCGGAAAAAAGAGGCUUGUCUUGGAUCUAAGCUGCAGAAAGAAGAAUGGGAAAUAUGCAGUUGUCACUGAUAGAUGGCAGAAGUUCAGUGAAUUGUAUGUCGAUCAACAAACACUGGAUUUCCUUGCAACUUACGCUGACGAGUUUUUAGUUCAUGGAAUUGAUGUUGAGGGGAAAAGGCUAGGAAUUGAUGAAGAGCUGGUUGCUCUGCUUGGACGAUACUCACCCAUCCCAGUAACUUAUGCUGGUGGAGUCACAACAAUGGCUGAUUUGGAGAGCAUAAAAGUGGCAGGGAUGGGACGUGUAGAUGUUACUGUUGGAAGCGCGUUGGAUAUUUUUGGAGGCGAUAUAGCCUACACAGAUGUCGUGGCUUGGCACAAGAAACAGGAAACUUCAGUUGUUUUGUGAAACCAUUUUUUGUAUUUGAAAUUUCUACCUAAAACGCUUGCUUAGUAGAUUUAUGUUGGACAAGAAUUCUUUUGUUUGUUUCAAAUUUGCAGUAAUGUUGGUGUGGAUUACAAUUGUCAAAGCUUGUAGUGUGUUUUUUACUGACUUAUUGAGAAUACUGACCCCUUCAGAAUUCGUAAUUUCUGUAGAAUUUUCAAAGAAAAUUUCUUUUCUGAAA